AUUCCCAGACGCCGCCGGCGCGAAUCAUGACGUUACCAGGGGAAGGCGCCGCCUGUGACGGGCGUUAUCGCGAAUUAUAAAAACAUGGUCUCUAGACCCCGACGCCCGGCCGAAGAUCUUCGGCGCGAAGUCGGCGAACAUCGUCAGGUCCCGGCGCACGCUCCCAGACUGGAUCCAGACCCCCCGCUCCGCCGUCAUCCCUUUCGGCGUGUUCGAGAAGGUCAUGGCGCACGGGGACAACAGGGAAGUCGCCGAGGAGUACCAGCGCCUAGUCGACGAGGAGCUCCACUCCUCCGCCACUCCUCUCGAGGUGCUGGAAGAGCUCCGGAUGUGCAUCAUGCGCCUCGAGGCCCCGUCUGAGAUGGUCGAGGCCGUCAAACAGGCCUUGGUGGAUUCGGAGAUCAUACAGCCAGGCCAGUUGGAGGGGAGCGACUGGGACGACGCUUUCCAGGCGCUCAAGGGCGUGUGGGCCUCCAAGUGGAACGACCGGGCCUACUUCUCCUGCAGCAAGGCCGGCAUCGGCAUCGAGUUCGUGCAGAUGGCCGUCCUCGUCCAGCGCCUCGUCGAGGCCGAGUACGCCUUCGUGCUCCACACCGUGAACCCGUCCACCAACGACGCGGCCUACAUGUACGGCGAGGUGGUGGUCGGCCUGGGCGAGACGCUCGUCGGCAACUUCCCCGGGCGCGCGCUCGGCUUCCAGAUGCGGAAGGACAUGUCGGCGGCGCCGGAGGUCCAGUCGCUGCCCUCGAAGAGCACGGGGCUCUUCGGCGGCGGGCUCAUCUUCCGCUCGGACUCCAACGGCGAGGACCUUCCAGGCUUCGCCGGCGCCGGCCUGUACGAUUCGAUCCCCAUGGUGACCAACUCGGAGCGGACGCUCCAGUACUACAAGGAGAGGCUGGUGACGGACAAGGCCUUCGCCCAUCAGAGGAGCUGAUGCGCGGCCUCGCCAAGGUCGCCGUCGACGUGGAGGGCGUGUACGGCGGCGCGCCGCAGGAUAUCGAGGGGUGCUACAAGGACGGCAGGUUUUUCGUGGUGCAGACGCGGCCGCAGGUGUGAGCGGCCAGGUGAGUCUGCGCACGCUGGCGACGACGACUUUUAUGUCGCCGGCGUCCCAGAGAUGGCGAUGGCGAAUUUUUCAAUAUGAGGUCCCUGGACCUCUCCGCUCGUGCCCCUGGCCGCUGCGGAUUGUCGCUCUCGCUCUUCUCCCCCCUCUGUCUCCUCCUGUCUCUUCCCUCCUGGGCUGCCGCUGUGUGGCGUUUUCAAUUAUGGAAGUGGCCUGCUGGGCCGCAGCGGCUCGUCGCACAGUGUCCCCGCCCCUUCCUCGCUUCCUCUUCCGUCAGCGCGACGGCGCCCCGCGGCCUGCGAUGUCACGGCGGACUUUUGCUUGUGGAACGCCUGCUUCGGA